CAUAUGCUUAGAUUGAUUGACAUUUAAAGUUACAUUAUAUUAUCCCCAACAACAAAUGCUCCCCUCUCUUCCUUUCUUGUGCUAAUUUUGAAAAAAAAAAUUGUUUUGUCCGUAAACCGCUGAACAUCAAAAAUUCAAAAAAAUAUGAUUUGUUAAGCCCAAUAGAGAAUCGGGCCGAAACUACUAAGCCCAAGUACGUGAGUCACGUGUUGAAAUAUCAGUGGUACAAAAUCAAAUGCUUGUUGCUUUGGCGGAUUUUGCCUGCUUUUAUAUGUAAGCAGCUCUCUGCACUGAUACAACUGAUCAGACGUGUCAGCUCUCUUCCCUCUCUACUAUUUCUGGGUUUGUUGUCGUCUUCCAUCUCCGAUCCCUUCUUUAAUAGUUGUAUUCAGUGAUCGAUUCUAUUUUUUUCUGCAACAUUUAUUAUCUUCUUGGAAAACUCAUCAUAGUCUCUCUCUCUCUCUUGAUCUAUGCAUAAUAUUCUCAUUUUCCUUUUUCAUAAGAUUUAUAUCAAAACCACUAACCAAAAACAAGUGUAUGUAUCCUUCAGGUUGAAGAAGAUGAAGAGCAAAAGAUCCAUGGAAGCUACUCAUCCUCCUCCUCCACAGUUGCCAUCUCUCUCCGAUCUUGAAGCUCGGAUGCAAAUCCUGCGUGUGUCUGCUUUUGAAGAAAGCAAAGGAGAUGGUGAUACUUUUGCUCAACGAGCUGAAUGGUUUUACCAGAGACGACCUCUCCUUCUCUCCCUUUGUCUUGACCUCUACAACGGCUACAUCACUCUCUUAGGUCGUUCUUCUCACCCUACCAAACCUAAUCUGCAGCUUAUUAAACCCACAGUUUCUCAUCCUAAUCACCUUCUCCAAGAAGACGACCACGACGAAUGCAUUUCAGACAUUGAUUCUCUUAGUGAGAUCAGUUUCGACAGCAACUUGUCCUUCCAACAGAGGCGAGAUUCUUCUGCGGUUUCAGAUAAAGUGGAUGAGCUUGUAUCUCAACUUGUGACCGCUAACUUGGAUAAAGAGAUUGUGCAACACGAGUUACUUCACAAAGAGCAACAGUUUCACGAAGCCUCCAAGACUAUUGAGCUGUUGAAGAAGUUCGUCAUGCUGCUGGAGAUGGAGAAGGAAGUUGCUGUGGAGGAAAACGCUAAUCUUGGCUACAAGCUCACUUCUCUCUUGGAGGAGAACAGAGAGCUUGCCACAGAGGCAUUGUUCAUGAAGAAUGAAGCUGUUGGGCUCGCUCGGUGUGUGCUUAAGAUGAGAGAUGAUCAUUUUCACAAGGUCUGCCUUCUCCAAAACCGCAUCUACUCACUUCAGAGGAACUCAGAGCCCACCUAUGAUAAGGUCUCAUCCGGAUGCUUUGGCCUGGAUAAGUAUAAGACCAAAAAGAAGAAGGAGAACAAAUCCGAAGAGAAAACUGGAUUCAGGUGGUUGAAGAAGCUGACCACCAUUAACUUCUUUACAAAGUGCAGCCUUAACCCAUCAGCUGCUGCUCCAUCAUGCUGCACUUUCGACUUGCCUAUAGCUUAAUCCUUCGGUGUAUUAGUAAACUAUCAAUGUUGCAUACAUGACUGUGUAUGUUCUAUCGCCUUACUAGGUUUAAUGCUUUUCAGUGCAUCGCCCUGAUGCACAGUUUGUUGUAUGAUUGUAUCCCGCAAACAAUGUGUGACUCCUUGAUCCACAUAUGUAUGAUUUUCAUGACUCA